CCUCAAAGCUAUUUUACCUCCCUCAGCUCAGCGCGCCAUCAUGGGUCACCCCCCGGAUACCGGUCUCAGGACUCCUGGCACUGACUCGGAAUCUGAGCAUGACCGUCACGAGCUGGAUGCUGGUCUCGAGGCUAUUAACACUGAGCGUGACCCUCACGAGCUUCCUACGUUCGAUUCUGAAAGUCUCACAAAACCCACAUCCACCAUCCUCUAUCUACCUCCACUACUUUCUUCUCCACCUCACGAGCUCAGGAUACUACCUGACUCGCUAGAACAUCGGCCGACCUUCACAGAGACCCUUCUCCCAGAUAUAGACCCCGUAUCGCUGUCAUUGCACAAAGCUUUGCACCACUUCCAUCCGGCAACUCCACAUUACGCUGAAGUACCAUACGAGGAAGCGUUCAAUUGGCCCGAGCUUGAACUUCCGGAAGACGAAGAGCGCGAGUGGUACUGUGUUGUCUUUCGUAGCAAGCGAAUACCUGGGAGCGACAGUGGACCCCUUUAUGAUGCAGACAAAAAAGCUCACGAGGAAGCCGUGCUUAACGGUGGGCUCAUCAUGUAUUGGUACGGCGUGCCAAAUCCACAAACGGGCAUGAACCUCGCAACGUGCAUCUGGCAGUCCCGGAAACAUGCGGUAGCUGCCAACUCGCACCCGCAUCACAUCCGUGCGAUGGCGCUUGCAGCGGUCUCAUAUGAGAUAUAUACUCUAGAGCGAUAUAAACUUCGAAAGUCACGGGGAGAACGUGGGGUUAUCAUCGCACCGUUUGACGGAACUGAAGUUGUGUGGUAACUCUCCAACGUUGAUUCCUUAUUUUUACUUAUAUACCUUCGCAAUGCUUUCGUUUCAUUUAAUACCUCAUGUCGAUUUGUAACUUAGAGAAGGAAUCGUUAUACUGGUAAUGGAU